AUGGGACUCUCAUACGACAUCGAGCGGCUCGAAGAAAUGGAGAAGUUCGACAACAUCAACCCAGACGACAAAGACGCCCCAAAGACAAACGCCAAGAUAUUCCGGGGCGGAUAUUUCAUCCCCAAGGCAGGCGUUACACUGGGGACCGGGUUCGGGCUUGCACGGCUUCCUAUGGACAUCAUGACCUUCGCCCCCGGCAGGGUUAUUGGCGCUCUACGGAUUCCCGAGUUUGUGCGCAUCGAGCCGACGGACUACCAGCCGCUUGAGGAGAUGUGGCCGGUGGGAUGGAAGGAGCUGCAGCUGCGAGGCCGGCAGGGAUAUCUGCCUAGGAUUUUGCCUGAGGUUGGAGAGUUGGCGCAUGGGUUCUGGUGGGAUGAGGCGUAUCCAGAGUGCUUUUUGCGAGGGUAUGGCAGGGUGGUCUCCGUCGUCAAUAUAUCCUUCAAUAUUGUUGCGUCGGUUUGA